UUUGUUUUGAUUUCGUUCAAGGAAUAUUUCACGACUUCCCUGAAUCCUCAAUUUUUAUUAGAAAUCUCUUAAUAUUUGAAAAGUAAUUUGCUCGAUAAGUUUAACAUGGACCUUAGCAGAGCUCCCAACGACCAAAAACUGUAUCUUUGCAAAUGGUACUUCAAAGUCGGAUUUGCACUACUCCCCUUCGUGUGGGCCAUCAAUACCUGCUGGUUUUUCAAUGAGGCCUUUCGGAAGCCGGCCUAUGACGAGCAGAAGGAGAUCAAGAAAUAUGUGAUAAUGUCCGGUAUCGGAUCGCUUAUGUGGCUGGUGGUCAUCCUCAGCUGGGUAACGACGUUCCAGCUGAAGCGAGCCGAUUGGGGUGACUUUGCCGAUAGUAUUAGUUUUAUCAUUCCUUUGGGGCGGGCUUAAGCUAACCGUGGCCGAACCAUUAAUUAAGAUUUUCAUUUAUAAAUAAAGUUUACAAGGACAAUUGUCUUAGAUCUAUUGCCAUCUAUAA